AUGUCUCCAACUCCUCCAUCCAAACGACAAAAAAUACUGUCCGCUGUAGAAAACAACAACAAUAAUAAUUUUCACACAAGUACCGACAUUAAUUUAUCAAACGGGAUGGAAGCUAAUGGAGAAGUUCCUGAUUUAGACGAAAGUCUAUAUAGUCGUCAGCUUUAUGUUUACGGCACUGAAGGGAUGCGUCGGAUGGCAACUACUGACAUUCUGGUUAUUGGCCUAGAAGGCCUUGGGCUCGAAAUAGCAAAAAAUAUCACUCUUGCUGGAGUUAAGUCUGUCACCCUAUGUGACAAUACCCCUGUGUGCCUAAGUGAUCUUUCUUCUCACUAUUUUGCAAGUCAGGAUGAUAUUGGACAUCCUCGUGCUGAAGUUUGCAAAAAUAAGCUAGGCGAAUUAAAUAAUCAUGUGUCUAUUCACGUCCUAAACAAGUCGAAACUUGGAUCGGAUGAUCUAAAGAAAUACAAUGUGGUGAGCAAAAAAGGGCUUGUAACUUGCUUAGAAGAAACGCGUCAUGGAUUUCAAGACGGAAAUUAUGUAACUUUUUCUGAAGUGAAAGGUAUGGUUGAACUAAAUGGUUGUGAGCCUCGGAAAAUUACAGUAGUUGGACCUGAUGCCUUUUCCAUUGGUGAUACUUCUAACUUGAGUCCUUAUAUAUCUGGUGGUGUCUGUACACUUGUUAAAAUGCCAAUGAAAAUCAGUUUCCAACCCUACAGGACCGCCUAUCGUUCUCCAGUCUUUAUGACAACGGAUUUUAUCAAGACUGAACGUCCCGCACAACUUCAUCUGUUUUUCAAAGCCCUGAGCAAAUACAGGGAUCACACUGGGUCUCUCCCUAAACCAUGGUGUAAAGAAGAUGCGCACGCAUUCGUUGGCUAUGUUCACAAAGUGAAUGAAGAACUAAAAGGCUCAGAAGCUGCAGUUCCGGUUGUUGACGAAAAACUAGCCACACGUUUUGCAUGUGUGUCUUCGGGUCAAUGUUCUCCUAUCCAGGUGACUUAUUUGUUCUAA